AUGAAGUGGCUGGGAGAAUCCAAGAACAUGGUGGUGAAUGGCAGGAGAAGUGGAAGCAAGUCGUCUAAUGAGCAUGCGCAGAAUCAGACCAAACUGCAGCAUGCAGGAAAGGAGAAUCCAAAGACGGGCAAAAAUGGAGUUGAGAGAAGAUCAAGCAGAUGUAGCGGUGCUUCAGGAUUUGAGGGUCAGAGUCGUUAUGUGCCUUCCUCUGGAAUGUCUGCCAAGGAACUGUGUGAAAACGAUGACCUAGCAACUAGUUUGGUUCUUGAUCCCUAUUUAGGUUUUCAGACACACAAAAUGAAUACUAGCCAUUUUCCUACCUACUCAGCUAGGCAUCUAAGCAAAUCCUAUUCUGAAACUAGUCAGGUUCGAUUUCGACCUAUUAAAGGAAGGCAAGAAGAACUAAAAGAGGUGAUUGAACGUUUUAAGAAAGAUGAGCACUUAGAAAAAGCCUUCAAGUCCUUGACGUCAGGUGACUGGGCCCGGCACUAUUUUCUUAACAAGAACAAAAUGCAGGAAAGGUUGUUCAAGGAACAUGUAUUUAUUUAUUUACGAAUGUUUGCAACUGACAGUGGCUUUGAGAUACUGCCUUGUAAUCGGUAUUCUUCUGAGCAAAAUGGAGCCAAAAUUGUUGCAACGAAAGAAUGGAAACGAAAUGAUAAAAUAGAAUUACUUGUCGGCUGUAUUGCUGAGCUAUCAGAAAUGGAAGAAAACAUGCUGCUGAGACAUGGGGAAAAUGACUUCAGUGUCAUGUAUUCCACACGGAAAAACUGUGCACAACUGUGGCUUGGUCCUGCUGCAUUUAUCAAUCAUGAUUGCAGACCUAACUGUAAGUUUGUAUCAACGGGCAGAGAUACAGCAUGUGUGAAAGCUCUAAGAGAUAUUGAACCUGGAGAAGAAAUAUCUUGUUACUAUGGAGAUGGGUUUUUUGGAGAAAAUAACGAAUACUGCGAAUGUUACACCUGUGAAAGACGCGGAACUGGUGCUUUUAAAUCAAGAGUGGGAUUGCCAGCACCUACUCCUGUGAUUAACAGUAAAUAUGGACUGAGAGAAACAGACAAACGACUGAACAGACUUAAAAAGCUGGGUGACAGCAGCAAAAAUUCAGACAGCCAGUCCGUCAGCUCUAACACUGAUGCAGAUACCACUCAGGAAAAAGCUAAUGCAACCUCUAACAGAAAAUCUUCAAUUGGCGUAAAAAAGAACGGCAAAAAUAGAACAUUAACGAGACAGUCUAUGUCAAGAAUUCCAGCAUCGUCAAAUUCUACCUCAUCUAAACUAACUCAUAUAAAUUCCAGGGUACCAAAGAGACUGAAAAAGCCUGCAAAGCCUUUACUUUCAAAGAUAAAGCUGAGAAAUCAGUGCAAACGGCCAGAGCAAAAGAAUGCUUCUAGAAAGCUCGAAAUGGGAAAUUUGGUUCUCAAAGAGCCUAAAGUAGUUUUGUAUAAAAACUUGCCAAUUAAAAAGGAUAAAGAAUUGGAGGGACCAGUCAAAGUUGCAGUCUCUAGUGGAUGCUUAACAAGGCAUGCAGCAAGAGAACAUAAACUGAAUUCUGUGAAAGGUGCUCAUGAGCAUGGUGAUGUACCACCCUGCACAUACAUAACAAGGAGGUCAAUGAGAACAAGGAUGAAUUUGAAGGAGACCUCUGACAUAAAGCUUGAACCAAAUAUGUUGAAUAGCUAUAAGAAUAAUUUGACCGGAACGCAGUCGGACAUUUUAGAGCAGCAGUCUCAUGUGAUAAGUGAAAAUGACGUGGCUCAUGGACCAUCACAUAAAGGGGAGAUUAGGUGCCAGAAAAACGAUGCAGGCAUAUCAAAAAAGAAAUCUCGACAAGGAAAACUUGUGAAACCAUCUGCAAAAACAGAAGAAACUGAUACUAUGCACAAUACAUCUGUGAAAGAUGAAGUACCUGAUUUGAUUAGUUCUCAUUCAGAACUCGGAGAGAGGAAUAAUGUGGUGGAUACACCCGUUGGCUAUAAAGACUGUACCCCUGGAUCCGGUGGCUGCUCUGUUGUAACAUCUGACAAUUUUAAAACGAAAGACAGCUUUAGAACUGCAAAAAGUAAAAAGAAAAGACGAAUCACGAGAUAUGAUGCACAGCUUAUCCUUGAAAAUAGCUCUGGGAUCCCUAAACUGACUCUUCGUAGACGCCAUGAUAGCAGUAGCAAGGCAAAUGACCAAGAAAGUGAUGGAAUGAGUUCUUCAAAAAUAAGCAUCAAAUUAAGUAAAGACCAUGAAAAAGAUAAUAAUUUAUAUGUAGCAAAGCUAAAUAAUGGGUUUAACUCAGGAUCAGGCAAUAGUUCAACAAAAUUAAAAAUACAGCUAAAACGAGAGGAAGAAAACCGAGGGACGUACCCUGAGGAUCUUCAUGAAAAUGGUAUGUGUUGUAGUGAAACUCUCUCUCUUUUGGAGUCGAGAAUGGAAGUAGAUGAUUAUGGUCACUAUGAAGAGGAAACAGCAGAUGAAUCUUCAUCAGAAGAGGACGAUGAAGAGGAAGAUGACUAUGAUGAUGAGUUUGAUGACUUUAUUCCUCUUCCUCCAGCGAAGAGAUUAAGGCUUAUUGUUGGCAAGGAUUCAAUAGAUAUUGAUAUUUCUUCCAGGAGGAGAGAAGAUCAGUCUUUAAGGCUCAAUGCAUAAGCUUAUAGGUCUUAAACUGACCUGGAUGUCAUUUUUUUAAAACAAA